CCUGGCAGAGCACAUAGUUGUUGUUUUUUUUACAGAGAGUGUAUUGACAAGUCAAGGUCCCCUUCGCAGGGUGGGUUGGCCUUAUAAAACCAGCGGCACUGCAUGAGGCAGCAGAAGUACUCACAAGCUCAAGAAGAGCCCAUCCUGUGAGAGGUCGCUUAUAUUUAACUACAUAGAUCUCUACAACGUAUAAAAUGGAUAACGGGUGUCGUUGUUCAGCCAACAGCGACAGGCUUUCGAAUCCUAUCCUCUACAACAUCCUGAGCCAAAUGGAUAACAACAAACCAAGCCGCAACAGCUCCGACUACAAUUCAACACCUCAUAGAUGCAACUGUGAGCUGCGACGGACAGUGUGCUUGAAAAGGCCGUCUGAGAUUUGCAAAGCAGCUUCAGCAGUUCUGGUUAAAACCGUCCAUUUCAUGAAGAACUUACCUGCUUUUAACCAGAUGCCACCGAACGACCAAUUCUCACUUCUCAAAAGCUGCUGGGCACCUCUCUUCAUUUUGGGUCUGGCCCAGGAGCAUGUGGACUUUGAGGUGACGGACACCCCUGCUGACAGCAUGCUGAAAAAGAUUCUCCUAAACCGUCAGGAGAGCCCCGAGAUGGAGAGGGAGCAGCCCACCAUGGCCGGUGUCAGCAAACUCAAGUCCUGCCUCAAAAAGUUUUGGAGUUUGGAUUUGAGUCCAAAGGAGUAUGCAUACCUCAAAGGGACCACAAUAUUUAAUCCAGAUGUCCCAGAAUUAAAGGCAGCUCUGUUUGUGGAAGGCUUACAACAGGAAGCUCAGCAAGCCCUCAGCGAGGUGGUCCAGCUCCUUCGCCCAGGGGAGCAGGAGGAGCGCUUUGCUCGAAUCCUCCUCACUGCCUCCAUGCUGCAGAGCAUCACACCCAGCCUCAUCUCUGAACUCUUCUUCCGGCCCGUGAUAGGCCAGGCUGAUCUGCUGGAGCUGUUGGUCGACAUGCUCUUCUGCAGAUAGAAGAGGGGAUGUGGACUUCAUGUAACUGUCCUGGAGAAAGUUGAAUCCAGUGUUUUUUACAGUGGUGUUGCAGAACUUUUUGAUGACCAACCCAAGCAAUGUUUCCUCAUGAGAUGAAGGAAAGCCUGACAGUGGACUGCUCAAAAAGGCACUUACAAUAGCCAACAAACACUAUGGGAAUUGGUGAACACGAGACUAUGAAUGACUUAUAUUUACAUUGAAGCUGAGGUCACUUUAGCUCAGUCUGAAAAGAUUUUAUCCACUUAAGUGGAAAGAUUUGACUUUCCACAUAAAGACAUACUAUACCCACUGUUAAUAUACUGUAUCUUUUGUUGAAGAUCUUUUCCAUUUGCUUAAAUUUUGCAAAUUUUAUAGUGUUGUCUACAUUUCAAAUAAGUAUAUUUUUGUACAUGAACGUAAUAGUGAAGUUCUGACUCGAUCUUUUAAAAAGACUCACAGCCAGCCAAAUCUGAAACAAUAUUUGUUUCAUGUACCAGGUAUUGCACCUGAUAAUAGCACUCUGUUCUGAACAUCUUCAACCCUACAGAUCAUUUGGCAGGUCCGUCAUUACUUACGUGUUGUGCAGCAAAGUAUUACUUAAGAUGCCAGGGUUUCCAAAUAUUGCAAAUGUGUAUAGACAAUUAGACACAUCCCUAAAACCCCUAAAAAAUAUGGUGAUUUUGGGUUUGAAAAGUUAUUUCAAUAAUAUGUGGCAUAGCUUCAAUGAAGCACUGGAACAAGCAGAUACACAAGCAGAAAAUAUAUUGUAAUACAGUCUGACAGGCUUUUCUCUGACUUUAAGGCGAACACUAGGUUUCAGCCCAUUAAGCGACCAGUCUGUUGUCUUCAGUGUUGCAUAAAACUCAUACUGAGAAACCA